UUUUGCUUGUGUUGCCAGAUAACACGGUCGCUUGCAUGUGGUUUAGUUUAUCUGUCAAUAUAACUUUAAUAUAUAUUUUAUAAAGCUACAUUUGGGCUUUGGGAAGAUUCAGGAGAGAUUGAUUAAUGAGAGAACAAUCGUUAUUUUAAGAAUCAAAAUGUCGCAGGCUACUAAACGUAAACAUGUUGUGAAGGAGGUUCUUGGAGACUUUGUCACACCGACAGAGAACCAACAAAUCGUGAAGGUGACUGGUAGCCGUGGUAACAAUCUCCACGAGACCGUCACAGCUCAGGGCCAGAUAUUCCUGGUGAGCAUGCCCACCAAAUUCCGCAAGAACAUUUGGAUCAAGAGAGGAGACUAUGUGAUCGUGGAUCCAAUUGAGGAAGGAGAGAAGGUGAAGGCAGAAAUCAGCUCCAUUCUCUACAAAGAUCACAUAGAUUACCUGCAGAAGCAUCAUCUAUGGCCUGAGGGCUUCACCAAGGAAACCAAGCCAAACCAGGAAGACCACAGUGAGGAAAACGAAGACAACGAAGAAGAGAAGGACAGCUCGGGCGACUCUGAGGACGACGAAGCUGACCUUUUUGUCAACACCAACCGCUGCACGUACCAGUACAGCGAGAGCGAGGAUGACGAGGACAGUGAGGAUGAAGGAUGAAUACUUCAUGUUCAACUUAUGGACUUCAGUCGGACGUUUUGAUGCCUGGACUCAAAAUGUUGGUGCCGGGGGGGGGACACCUACAUGAAAAUAUUCCCAUAUUCCAUAAUCAUUCCUGUGCUUAUCUUCACAUGUUAAGACAACGGUUCUUAAAUAGUGGGGCGGGUUUGUUUUGUAUUCACAAUAAAAUGAAAAUAAACUGAACAUUAUUAGAGUAUAUGUUUGUAAUAUUUGUUAUGUUAUGAUUAUAUUAUGCCAUACCGAACUUGUGCAACAGGUUCUCGAUAAAGCUGGUCGUACCCCCUUUUCCGGUCGUACAAGGACACACAAAAAAAAUUCCCGCAGCUGCUUUCAGGUUGCUGGAGGCCAUUUUGCAAACUCCUUCGAACAUUAAAUCAUUUAUUCUACAUAAAAAAAAUAUUUUAACCAAGCUAAACAUUUAAUAUCUGAAAUACAACCAAUUUCAUAACAUUGCUGAAUUUUAUUUAAUUCUUG